GAAACCGUCACGCCGAUGACCGUACCGCCACCAGACAGAAAAACAAAAAGCGAUCAGAUCAAACCCCCAUGUGCCGCAAUUCGCUCCCCUCCCGGAAAAGAACAAAAACCGCUGCAGAUUCCGGGAACCUGCUGCGCGGACCAAUCCGAUCCACUGCCGCGGGGAGCAGAGUACUGAUCUCGUCAGGAACAAAAGCUAUCACCUCCCCUAAACGAUCUUUGCGGCGCCAACCGGGUGCGCAGCCUAUAUAAAGCGCGGGCAAGCCUCCCCGCACCUCAUCUCACUCCGGAGUCCAGAGUCCAGACUUCCUGAUCAGCCAGCCGCUUAAUUUGAUUUGAGCAACCAGCAGCUUAAUUUGAUUCCGCGAUCGAUCUCGGUCGGAGCUCUGCGAGCGCGCGUCGUGGGCCCACGUACGUUCAACGGAUAGCUGCUCUGAGAGAUCAUGGACGGCAAGCUGGGCGUGCACCACGGGCACCACCACCACGGCAUCUCCAAGCCGCCGGUGCACCACCACCACCACGGCGGCAAGCGGGGCGCCGGGAGGCACGCCGGCGGCGGCGGAGGAGGAGGGAGUAAGGGGAUCAAGGUGGUUUACAUCUCCAGCCCCAUGAAGCUCACCGCCAGCGCCGAGGAGUUCCGCGCCGUCGUGCAGGAGCUCACCGGCCGCGACUCCAACGUCGCCGACCACGACCUCGCCGGCACCUACUACGCGGGCGCGCCGUCGUCGUCGUCCUCGUCCUCGUCCUCGUCCUACGCAUCGUUCGGGCGCGUCUCCCCGACGGGGCCCGGCGCGGCGGGCGGCGGCGCGCGCGCUCUGUCGUCGCCGACGAUGGCCACGGGGGCGAGCGUCGGCGCGGGACGGGCGGCCGAGUAUGGCGCCGCGAUGGCCGCGCCGCCGCCGUUCCAGGGCAUGUACGAUCUAACUGCCGGGAGCUCGCUUUACGGCCAGGACUACUGGUAGUACACGAACGGGAUUUACUGUUCCCCCCUUCGCGAUUGAUUCCCCAUGCCAUGCCUAUGAAGUAUGAACAUAUCUCGAGCACGCGCCCGUAUAUAUAUCGUGUAUUUCCAUAAGCAGGCUUCAGCGUGCAUGCAUGCUUCUUGUUCUUGGGUUGCAUCGAUUGAUCGAUCGAGCAUCUUGUACUGGGUAUAUAUAAUAUAUGAGCGCUAUGUCAAUAGUAGCUAGAUGUAUCUCUACAUAUUUUGCCUUUUCAAAUUAGAUAUUUAAUUUCUUUGCUCUCCAA